UUACCUGUCCCCUCCUCUCCCCAGUGUCAGAGACGAGUCGUCUCACAACUCAGUGCAGUCUCGCUCCCUCCCUGACGUCUCACUACUGACAUGGGCAUCUUCGCAGGUGUGUGGCUUAUUGGCAUCUUCAUACAGAUGUGCCCCGGUGCCCAAGCUGUGCCCUGCAGGAUGGCACACAAACAGUUCCCAACUCCGUAUACCAUCUCCACCCUGCACAGGAUCAAGGAUCAAGAGCCCAAAACAUCACAUGGACGGGCUUAUCAAGAGGCAAAUUCUGAAAAGAGGAUUCAGUUCUCCAUUAGAAUAAAAGGGAAAGAUCACGUUCUCACACUCCAGAAGGCGCAUGAUCUCCUCGCAGGAAAUUUUUCAGCGUCCCAUUAUGAGGCAGAUGGACGACUAGUGACAGAAUCAUUGGGCCACCUGGAGCAUUGCUGUUAUACGGGCUCAGUGGAAGGACUCACAGACUCCCUGGUGUCCCUGUGUACAUGUCCCAACCUCAGUGGCUACAUCUCUCUCACAGAGGGAACUUACAGCUUUGAUGCCCUGACACCAUCUGAUCCUGCACAACACAAACCUAUAAAGCUGCGCUAUCACCCUGAAAAGCCAUUUAUGGGUGCAGCACCCAAGCGCUUCCUCCGCUCCCCCCAGGAUUCCCGCUCAGAAGAGGGUGGCAGAGAGCCAUACAAGAUUGAGCUCUUUUUGGUGGCGGAUAAAGAAGAGUUCCAGCGGCAUGAAGAGAACGUGCAGAGAACCAGACACCAUCUCAUGGCCGUAGCCCACCAUCUCAAUCAGAUCUUUUUGGAAAUAAAUUUCCAGAUCUUUCUUGUGGGAAUUGAGAUUUGGACUCAAGAGAAUAAAGUGAAUAUUUCCGACACAGCGACGGUAUCCCUCCUGCAGUUCUUGGAGUGGCGGGAGCAGGUUCUUCUGCCUCGGAUUCACCACGACAACAUUCAGCUUAUAAGUGGGGUUCGAUUCAAGCACCACAUCCUCGGGGAAGCCUUUCUGGGCCAAAUGUGCACAGUGUCCCAUAGCGGUGGGGUCAUCCGGGACACAGGGGUCAGUCCCAAAGAGUUGGCCAAGUACGUUGCACACGAGAUAGGACACAAUCUGGGCAUGAGUCACGAUACAGAUAAUUGCUACUGUCCAGUGGCGCCGGGGAGGUGCCUCCUUUCAAAACGGAAUUGGUACGAUAUUCACCCAGUGUUUAGUGAGUGCAGCCAUCACUUCCUUGAUCGGUUCCUCGAGGAGAAGGACAUCACCUGCUUAAAGGACCAGCCCCACACAUAUAUCGAGGAAUCUCCCCCGGUUGUUGAUCAGCACAUGAUUCUUGAAACUGUUGGAAAAGUCUCCAUUUUCCUUUGUUCUCUGAUCGUCCUGAUAUCCUUCCUCAUCAUCUGGAGAACGGUGUCCUGCAAAAAUCUCCAGGCCGUCUAAAUGGGAAGACAGUGAAGGUACAGGAAGAGUUUCUUCUCCCACGUGUGGCCAGGAAGAAUAAGUGGGUGCCAUGCCCCUACAACUUGCUGGUGCUGAUCAGAAAUGAUGAUGGUGGGGUGGGAUGGCUCAUAGCAGUGGCAGUUAAUAUGUCUGUCCUUUGGAUGAAAAGUCCAAAACUGGUUGUUUCCAAAGACCAUCCUGUCCUAGUUGGACUCUCCGUGGAGAAGGAGAAAUCUGCUAGAUCCCCAGGCCACAAUCUAAUCUGGAGGAAUAAUAUGAGGCGGUGUCUCCAAUGGUAGACAAAGUCCACUCAACUAAAACUCCAAGAUCUAGAUGUUCCACUGCUGGAUAGAAGAUAAGACAACAAUGUGUAAUAUAAACCCAUGCACAUUCAUGAUGGAAGCCAAUGGCUGCUUUCAGGAUUUCAGGGACAUAGCAUAGCACUAGCAAUAGGCCCUUUAGUUGUGUGCUUCAGACUGUUCCACUUCACUGGUCGUCCAUGAGACUUUCAGCUUGUACUCACCCAGCUGUUAUCAUUGGUACAGGCCUGAGUUGGUGCCUCGUUGGUAUGUGAAGCUGAUCUGCUGGAAUCCAAGUAUACUGGUGCUGAAAGCAUUGUGGGUCCCAUGUGAGACGAUGAAGGAAUACGUCACUAAUGAGAGAUGAGUGAUUCAUUGGGUGGGUUCAAACACAAAUAUAUUGGCUGAAAGGCCAGUCACACCCUCCAUCCAUAUCUAACCUUCUCAGUUCUGUAGUUCUGACUCUUAAAAUUCCCUACUAAUAAAGGAUUAGGGCUGAGGUGCCAUAGGGUUCAUCAUAGGCUUGAGCAUGAACCUCUGUUACAAAAAAAGCACUUAAAAUAUAAUUAAUUUCACAUAAUCCUCUAGUUGUCAUCGUACUAAUGAUUAAUAUUAAGGUAAAUGUCACUGCCAUAGAGUCUUGUCCUGAUAAGAGAAUUAUAAGUCCAAAUAAAAGGAUCACCACUGCUGUAACUGCUUUAGUACCAAUUCUUCUGGCUGCCAAUAGGUGGCACCGACCAAUGUUCCCAUAUUUGUUGCUAUUGAAACAAAAAGCAUUACUGUUAUUUGCUGUAAAACAAAUGGCUCAAUAAAGGCAAAAUCUACCUCUUAGGCAUCUGUGAAUGCAAAUAUUAAAUGAAAAGGCCUUUCUGUGUAUAGAGCAUUUACAGGUGAUGAAAGAGCCUGAGAUAUUUGGGGGGAGUCUCUCGCACCCAGCGGCCC